CGGCCCCUCACACGUGGGCGUGCUCUUGCUUGUAAACAUAAGACUCUGUUGGCCUGUAUUAAAUUCACAACAAGAUAAGGUUGUACGCCCGUUGUAAAACUUAUUGUCCGCGUGCAUCCGCUGUAAAAGUACACGGUGGAAGUCUUUCUCGACUAUAUAUGGCACCGCUGUCGGUAGAAGUGACCACAAUAAAGCGCUCUGUCCCUUUUCGUUCGCUCUACUCGGGCACCUCCCGAAGUCAGUGCGCGCGGCAGUGAAUUUCAAUAAUCAUGCAGUCGUAGAGCACGGUAGAGGUACAGUAAUCAUGGCUAGUGACAAAGGUGACUGUGAGCCACGGACGGAGUUCGUGUUUCCCCCGGAAGAAUCGUCUUCAGUGUCGCCGGCGCCGAGUGCCAAUGUCCAACUCUGCGGCUACUUGAAUAAGAUGAGCAGCAGAAGUCUGGUGAAAACCUACAAGCGACGCUGGUUUGUGUUCUCCGAGGGAAAUUGUAAGCUGUACUACUACAACGAGGCAGGCGAUUCCCAGCCCGUCGGAGAGAUUGACGUCAAAGCUGCGAGCUUCUACAUCGGAGCGACGAGCUGGGAAAGACCAGGUGCUUUCAUUAUACGAACCCAGAAGAGGGAUUACCACUUAGAAGCUAAAGAUCGACAGGCGAGCCUCUACUGGUUACAGGAACUGCAGAGACACAGAAGAGCUUACAACCUAAAGCGAACGCAAGUUCUUCAAAAGAGCAGCUGCGUUUUUGACGCGGUCUCCCCAACAAAGAUAGCUAGCGGCCUAUUGUGCAAGCAGUCUGUACAGGACCAGGCAGAGGGCAAACCACCCGACAGCAGUCUGCUGCUGUCGCCAGUCGAGUGCCCAAAGAGCGUCGUGGGAGAGCACACUGCCGAUCCUCCAUCCCCGUCUGUGCUCUCGAACCUGAAGAAUCCUGCUGCAUUGUUUCACAAGAAGUUACGCCUUCAAGGCAGCUCCGAGGACAAAACGGCGUCCCCAGAGGCCACGGAGAGCACUGGGUUGAGUCACUUUUACUCCGAUGGAAACUGCGAGAGAGAGAUAUUGGAAGAAGGGGAUGUAUCUCUUCACGUAGGAUCUCCAAAACUCAAGUCACCUACUGCCCUGUCGUCCUUCCGGAAGAGAUUGCAAGACUCAUUUAGAUUAAAGGCCAAAGGAGACCUUGAGAUGUUCUCGGCUCAGCCACUGCUUCGGAAAUUGCAUCCUGAGGGAAGCUGCGGCAAAUGCAAAGAGUUCGAGGCUACUGUUUCUACUCUGAAAGACGACAUCCAGUGCCUUGAAGAUGAGCUGGCGGCAAGCAAAGAAGUAAUUACUGUCCUUAGACAGCAAUUAGACAUGGGGAAUGCAGAGCGAGAGACAUUAGUUAGACUUUAUGCAGACCCAACCAACGAAAAUUACACAAAGAUGCUACACGAGAAGGAUAAGCUUCUUUUUGAGCUACGGAAUGAACUGUAUUCAUGCAAGCUGCAGCUGGAAAGUACUCAAGAUAUGAGAAGGUCAAUAGAGCAACAACUUAAUGAUGUUAAAGAGCAAGGAUCACUGUACGAGGAGGUUCUCAGGGAGAAAGACAGGCUUCUAAUGACGCUUACGAAUGAACUUAAUGAUAUUGAAACUGAGAAGAAAGAAGAUCAUGCCAAUAAAGAACACGAAAACCCUGAGUCACUUGUUGAACGGCUGAAGGAGGAAGUUGACACGCUAAAGGAUGCUGUGACAGCAUUUCAUGUACAGAACAAGUUCUUAAACAAAGAAAUUUUGGAAUUGAACGAGCUAAGAUGGAACUCCGACGAACGUGAACGUCAACUCAUCAUAAAAUGUUCGAAUGCUGAAGCAAGAUGCCUUCAGACACAGAGCAAGCUUCUGUUUCUGCUCAAAGAACUAAGUACCCCACAGGAAGGUCAAGAACAUGCUCAAGAAGUAGUUCGUCAGCUAUUGGAUGAAGCUAUGCAUGACCCAUCCCUACAAAAAGAUGUUAAUGAGGUGUUGCUGUCAAGUGAUGAAAUGUACGACAUGUAUGGUUUCAACCGCAAGUGGGGUAAAGAGGAAGACAUAAUCUCUUCAAGGGCAGAGCACUUAAAAAGGAGGUCAGAGAAUUACUCCGUAAAGAUGCAGGAUGCAGCUGUGAUGUCCUGGAGAGCAAAGUGGGAGAACUUCCUCGCUAAUUCAAAUGUUAGCAAAAACUUCCAGAAGUCUCCAGAAUUUAAGGCACUGAUCAGGACCGGGAUACCACCAGAGUUCAGAAGUCAAAUCUGGAAAGGGUGUAUUGCUUAUCAUGUGGGCAGAGAACGGGAGCAACGUGGCUCUGGGUACUACGAGAUGCUGUUGGAUACCCCCACAACGACGGGUGCUCUGGAUCCAGCAGAAAAACAAAUUGAGCUUGACCUGUUGAGAACGCUGCCAAACAACAGGCAUUAUGAGACGCCCGAUGCCCCGGGGAUUAACCCUCUGAGGAGGGUGCUUCUCGCAUUUAGCAGACGGAACCUGGUUGUGGGCUACUGUCAGGGGUUGAACAGGUUGGCUGCCAUUGCACUACUCUUCAUGUCGGAGGAAGAUGCCUUCUGGUGCCUAGUAGCCAUUGUGGAGCACAUCAUGCCUCACGAUUACUACAGCAGGACCUUGGAGGCCUCUCAGGCUGAUCAGAGGGUUCUCAAGGACAUGAUGGUGGAGAAGCUUCCAAAGCUGCACAGUCACCUGGAUAGCAACAAAGUGGACCUAUCGCUGUUCACGUUCAACUGGUUCCUGACAGUCUUCGUGGAUACCAUUCCUGCAGAGACUUACCUUUACAUAUGGGACGUGUUCCUUUAUGAAGGCAAUAAGGUGCUUUUCCGGUUUGCAUUGGCGAUAUUCAAAAUGUGCGAACUGGAGAUCUUGGCCCAGGAAGACUACAUGACGAUCAGUCGAUAUCUGCGAAUCAUGCCUGAGAAAGUCACAGACAUUAAACGCCUUGCACAUAUUGCCUUUAACGAACUUAACCCGUUCUCCAUGAGGUCUAUCAGUGCCAAGCGAACGAUACACACGAAUGCAGUGAAGGAGCAGUUGCGGAGGCUGGAUGAGAUCCGCAAUUCCUUACCUGCACAUGACAGCUUGGCGUGGGAAUCAACCGACUCCUCUCCUCCUUCGCCUCGGAAAUAAUCCUAACUAUAAGACGCAUGACGUAAAUGCACGGUUUUAUACGUUUUAUAGCAUGCCACGCAUGUGCAAGAUUGAUGGGCCUCUACGUGAAACAUGUUGCACAGUUCUUGGUGCAAACAUACCGGUAUGGUGCGAUACUGUACUGCAUUUGCAAUACCUGUGCCUAAAUUCUCGGACUAGAGCGCUUGGCACUUCUCGAAAUGGGAAACAGCACAAGCUUGCUUUAAUGCAGAGAUGUCGAUGAUUGAAAGUCCGAACCAGAUUAUAAAUCGUUUUCUUUUGUA